AUGGAGAUCUCAACAACUUUGCCCCAGAAACUGAAAGCUGCCAUGUCUACAGGCGCCAACACCAAUCACAAUGACCCCAUGCAGCACCCGCUAGAGGCAAUCUCACAGAGCAUCCAGGGCGCCACCCAGGGUGAGGCUCGUGCUCCACGUAUAGCUCACAUGGGUAGUGCGAACGAAGGUCCUGCCGAUAUCAUCGCAAAGGUUUCUGGAGCUGUUCAAGGUGGGAAGCGUGAGGACGAUGGCCCGUACUUCACCAACAAUGAGGGCAUUCCCUAUCCCGACCCAGCACACAGCAAGAACAUCGGUGGUAUCCCAGUAGCGAGCGAUGUGUUCCUAUUCCAGAAGCAGCAGACUUUCAACCGAUCGAAGAACCUCGAGCGCAUGGUGCAUCCUUGUGGCUCUGGGGCUUUCGGAUAUUUCGAGACCACAAAGGACGUGUCGAACCUCACCAAAGCCAACUUCCUCGGCAGUGUCGGCGAGAAGACACCAAUCUUUGUCCGCUUCUCUACUGUCACCGUCGGUCGUGAGUAUCCUGACUUGGCUCGCAAUCCCCGUGGCUUUGCCAUCAAGUUCUACACCCAGGAGGGCAAUUAUGACAUUGUUGGCUUGAACUUUGGACCCGACGUUAUUCGCUCUCAAGCCCGCAACCCGCGCAACUUCCUCCCGGACUACGAUGCACUGUUCGACCUACUUGCAAACACCCCCGAAGGUAACCAUGCUGGUCUCAUGUUCUUCAGUGACCAUGGCACUCCGAAAGGAUGGCGUUACGAGCAUGGUUACGGCUGCCACACCUUCAAGUGGGUCAAUGCCGAGGGCAAAUUUGUGUACAUCAAGUACCACUUCAUUGCCAAACAUGGCCAGAAGCAGUUUACACAAGAAGAAGCUACACGCAUGUGCGGAGAAGACCCCGAUUACUCCAAGCGCGACCUCUGGGAAGCGAUUGAAAAGGGCGAGGAAAUUGAGUGGACUGCCAUGGUUCAGGUAAUGGAACCUCAAGAUGCUGACCCGGAGAAGCUUGGUUUCGACCCAUUCGAUGUGACCAAAGUCUGGCCACGAAGCCAGUUUCCCAUGCAUGAGUUUGGCCGUCUUGUGCUCAAUAAGAACCCUGAGAACUUUCACCGCGAUGUCGAGCAGGCAGCCUUCUCGCCCGGUAGCAUGGUCCCCGGCAUCGAAGACUCACCCGACCCACUCCUCCAGUUCCGCAUGUUCUUCUACCGCGACGCGCAAUACCAUCGCAUCGGUGUCAAUCUCCAUCAAGUGCCCGUAAACUGCCCGUUCAUGGCGAAGCAGUUUGCAACUCUCAACUUCGAUGGGCAGAUGCGUGUGGACGCCAAUCAUGCCGGUAACAAGCAGUAUGCGCCUAAUAGCUUCGCGCACAAGUUCCGACCGGACGUUGCUGAGGCGCCAUACGUAGUCAGCGAUAACGUGGUCAGUCGCAAGAGCCACUAUUACCACGAGGGCAAGAAAUCGGACUAUGCGCAAGCGACUGAACUGUGGAGUCGCGUCAUGACGGAGCAGCAGCGCAAGAACACGAUCAAGAACACGGGAAAUAUGCUCAAAUUUGUGGGAUAUCCCGAAAUUCAGGUCUACAAUGUUGGCACCGACUAUGCACAAGGCAUUUACGAUAUGCUCCCCAGUCCCGAAUUUCAAUUCGCUGAAGUCGAGAAGUUGGCAGAGACGGCGCAGGAGUGGUACAAAGAGAAGAAGUUCCAGCCAUCGACUGAGAAUAAGUUGAGGGGUGAUGCGCCUAUUGCACCUUGUACCACAAGCAUGUCUCCCAACCCAAUCAAAACCACAAUCUGGCUCUGGCCCUCUGGCCUCUACCCUCGGCGCAUCAUCUACUUCCUGCUCAUCAAGAAACUCACCCUCUCCACCCUCGCCGCGCACAACAUCCAUCUGAUUCCUAUCCACCUCUCCCCAACCGGCCUCAUCUCCGCAACCGGUCUCGAGUCCCGCCCCGCCGGUACCAGCGUACCGUUCAUGCGCCUCUCAUACGCCGACGGCACGCAUUUCCUGAUCCACGAAACGAGCUCCAUACUUGAAUACUUGCAGGAGAUUUUUCCUGGCGGACCGGAUAUCAGGGGCGAGACGGUGCAUCAGCGGGCGCGCAGUCGGGACGUGUUGAGUCUACUGGGUGAGGCGAUCGUGUGA